AUGAAAAUGAGAAAUGAUGGAAAUAUUGCUAAUAGUGAAAAUGAGAAAGAUGGAACUAUUGCUAAUAGUGAAAAUGAGAAAGAUGGAAAUAUCGCUAAUAGUGAAAAUGAGAAAGAUGGAAAUAUUGCUAAUAGUGAAAAUGAGAAAGAUGGAAAUAUUGCUAAUAGUGAAAAUGAGAAAGAUGGUAAUAUUGCUAAUAGUGAAAAUGAGAAAGAUGGAAAUAUUGCGAAUAGUGAAAAUGAGAAAGAGGGAAAUAUUGCGAAUAGUGAAAAUGAGAAAGAUGGAAAUAUUGCAAAUAGUGAAAAUGAGAAAGAUAGAAAUAUUGCGAAUAGUGAAAAUGAGAACGAUGGAAAUAUUGCUAAUAGUGAAAAUGAGAAAGAUGGAAAUAUUGCUAAUAGUGAAAAUGAGAACGAUGGAAAUAUUGCUAAUAGUGAAAAUGAGAACGAUGGAAAUAUUGCUAAUAGUGAAAAUGAGAAAGAUGGAAAUAUCGCUAAUAGUGAAAAUGAGAAAGAUGGAAAUAUAGCUAAUAAUGGAACUAUUGCGGAAAAUAGUGAAAAUGAGAAAGAUAAAGAAAUAUUUGCUAAUAGUGAAAAUGAGAAAGAUAGAAAUAUUGCUAAUAGUGAAAAUGAGAAAGAUAGAAAUAUUGCGAAUCGUGAAAAUGAGUUGGAAAAUGGAAAGAAAGAAAAUUGGAAAAUAUUUGCUAAUAGUGAAAAUGAGAAAGGUAGAAAUAUUGCUAAUAGUGAAAAUGAGAAAGAUAGAAAUAUUGCGAAUAGUGAAAAUGAGAAAGAUGGAACUAUUGCUAAUAGUGAAAAUGAGAAAGAUGGAAAUAUUGCGAAUAGUGAAAAUGAGAAAGAUGGAAAUAUCGCUAAUAGUGAAAAUGAGAAAGAUGGAAAUAUUGCCAACAGUAUGAAUAAUUCUGUGAUAGCAAGCCACUACAAAAUCCCCGAGGCAGUCUUUCAGAAAGCUAACAAUUCUUUUAGGAGGAUAGGGCCAUAA